GCGUGGCCCGUUACAAGGAGCACGCGCAUGCGGAAGCAGAGCUCUUGCGAGAGAUACGGAGAUGUGAUCCGGGCCGACAGAGCUACUGUGUCAAGCUGCUGGGGGAGUUUACCCAUGACCUGAAUCACUGCUGCCUCGUGUUCGAGCUGCUGGACAAGAGCCUCAGCGACUUCAUGCGAGAAACCGGUGACGAGGGGCUGAUGCUCAGAGACAUCAGGACGAUUGCUUCACAGAUCCUCCAGUGUCUGCAUUUUCUGAAUGCCAUGAACCUGACUCAUACCGACAUCAAAUGCCGAAAUGCCAUGCUAAAGGACUCCAGAGGUGAGCGCGUGCCCCACCCACGCAAGCCAGGGCGGGAAACGAAGAAGCUCCACCGAUGCGAAGUUCGAGUGAUCGACUUCGGCGGUGCUGUGCUGAAGAAAGAGCGGCACAGCAAGCGAGUCGGGACGAGGCAGUACAGAUCUCCGGAAGUGGUUCUGGGACUUGCGUGGGACGAGAAGACAGAUGUGGCUUGGCAAGGUGUGGAGCCGCGACCUCAGUUGAAGUUGGGGAUUCAGCGUCUCGGCUGCAUCCUGCUAACUCUCUACACUGGCGAGCGCCCUUUCCCGGUGAACAACAGCCUUCACCACCUGGCGUUGAUGGAGCGCUUGAUCGGCGAGCUUCCACGCGAGAUGUUGCGCAGUGCUGCCGCAGGUGGCAGCUUGCCAGAGGAUGUCUCCGUCGAUAGCCAAGGUCCGUGCCUUAUACUUCCGCGCCUUGUGUGGGUCUUGGACAGUAGUAGGAAAAAAGCGUUGUAA